GUGUCUGUGUGCGCGCGCACAUCUUCUUUUACCCGGAAAACAUGUGUCACUCACUGGGAGGCGCGGCUCCUUGAACUUCCUCGUUUAACUGUUCGUCGCAGCGAGGAGCCUUUCUUCCUCCGCUUUUAAAACCUUUCACCUGAUUUACUUGUUUUAUGAACACUUUAACCUCCGUUUCUUCCCUUACAUUCAUACUUUUACAACUUUAUACCGUAUGGACGCAUUUUAAUCCCGGAGUAGAUAAGGUCUCCAGUCUACUAUGGAUGAGGAGAGAGAGGAUGGGGGUUCUACCUCUAAGACCACUCUGUCUGGGGAACAUGGCCGCCGGAGCAAAGCUGAGAGAAGGAGGCAGCAGAGAGCAGACUCCCCUGGACCCAGCUGUGUCUCCAUGAAGAGUGAGCACUAUAUGGGGGAGCUUCGAAGGAUCCGUUCUGAAUUUGUGAAGGGAGUUUCAGACCCAGUUAUCAAAGCUCUCCUGGAUGACCUUUAUCAUCAUGAAGUGUUCAGUUCUGAGGAAAAGGACUCUGUGAUGGAGGAGCAGAGGAGCAGAGCGGACCAAGCACGUUGUCUGAUCGACACGGUGAUGGGGAAAGGGGAGAGAGCAAGUCAGAGGAUGAUCGAUGGUAUCAAGGAGAGGGACAAACACUUAUGCAUCAACCUGGGUCUGAGCUCUUCUCUUGCUGGUGUGGGAUCUGCUGCUGUCGAGUGCCAACAAAAAAUCAAGUCUAAUUUAAAGAUGAAGUUAUGUUGUGUGUUCGAGGGAAUCGCUAAAGCAGGACGUCCAACACCUCUGAAUGAGAUCUACACAGAGCUCUUCAUCACAGAGAGAGGCAGUGGAGAGGUCAACAAGGAACAUGAGGUCACACUGAUUGAAACGGCUUCCAGGAGACCAGUCAAGGUGGAAACACCAAUUAAAUGUGAAGACAUCUUUAAACCCUUACCUGGAAAAGAUGAAUCAAUCCGGACAAUAAUGACAACUGGAGUGGCCGGCAUUGGUAAAACCAUCUUAACACACAAGUUCACUCUGGACUGGGCUGAAGGCAAAGCUAACCAAGACAUAGACUUCACGUUUCUCUUAACUUUCAGAAAGCUGAAUUUACUAACAAAGAAAGAGUUUAGCUUAGUGGAACUUAUUCAUCACUUCUUUAGUGAGCCCAAAGAUGCAGGAAUCUGCAGAUACGACCUGUUCCAAGUUGUCUUCAUCUUAGAUGGUCUAGAUGAGUUUCGAAUUCCUCUGGACUUCGAGUGCACCCCGAUCUUGACUGAUGUCACAAAGUCCACCACGGUGGACGUGCUGCUGACAAACCUCAUCAGGGGUGAACUGCUUCCCUCUGCUCGCAUCUGGAUAACCACACGCCCUGCGGCAGCCAAUCAGAUCCCUAAUGACUGUGUUCACAUGGUGACAGAGGUGAGGGGGUUCACCGACCCUCAGAAGGAGGAGUACUUCAGGAAGAGAUUCAGAGACAAGGCACUGGCCAGCACAAUCAUCUCCCACAUAAAGAAAUCACGAAGCCUCCACAUCAUGUGUCACAUCCCAGUCUUCUGUUGGAUCAUUGCUACAGUUCUGGAGAACAUCUUAAAAACAACCCAGAAAGUAGAAGAGAGGCCCAAGACCUUGACUCAGAUGUACAGCCACUUCCUGAGGGUUCAGUCCAAACAGGCGGACAGGAAGUAUCGUUCGAUAGAUGAAAAAGAUCCACAGUGGAGUUCAGAGAGCAAGGAUAUCAUUUUUCAACUGGGAGAACUUGCUUUCAACCAGCUGAAGAGAGGCAACCCGAUCUUCUACGAGGAAGACCUGGCAGACUGUGGCAUAGACAUCAAAGCAGCCUCAGUGUACUCAGGAGUCUUCACCCAGAUCUUUAGAGAGGAGUUUGGACUGUACCAGGACAAGGUUUUCUGCUUUGUCCAUCUGAGCAUCCAGGAGUUUCUGGCUGCCCUUUAUGUCUAUCUGUCCUUCAUCAACGAUGGUGUCAAUCUGCUCUCAGAAGAACCACCCACCUCUGGGGAAGAUAAACUCCUCCUCCUCUACCAGAGUGCUGUGGACAAGGCCUUACAGAGUGAGAACGGACAACUGGACUUGUUCCUCCGCUUCCUCCUGGGCCUCUCUCUGGAGACCAAUCAGAUUGUCCUACGAGGUCUGCUGGGACAGAGAAGAAGUACCUCACAGACCAAUACAAAAACAGUGUCUUACAUCAAGAAGAAGAUAGAUGGAGAUCUCUCUCCAGAGAGAAGCAUCAACCUGUUCCACUGUCUGAAUGAGCUGAAUGACCGUUCUCUAGUGAAGGAGAUCGAACAGUCCCUGACAUCAGGAAGUCUCUCCAGAGACUAUCUCUCUCCUGCUCAACUGUCAGCUCUGGCCUUCAUCCUACUGACAUCAGAAGAGGAGCUGGACGUGUUUGACCUGAAGAAAUACUCUGCUUCAGAGGAGGGUCUUCUGAGGCUGCUGCCAGUGGUCAAAGCCUCUAAAACGUCUCUGCUGAAUGGCUGUCGUCUGUCAGAGAGAUGCUGUGAAGCUCUGGCCUCAGUUCUCAGCUCCAACUCCUCUAGUCUGAAAAAGCUGGACCUGAGUACCAAUGAUCUGCAGGAUUCAGGAGUGAAGCUGCUCUCCGCUGGACUGGGGAGUCCACACUGUACACUGGAAACUCUCAGGUUAGUUUCACUCAAUGGUCAAACAGUUCCACCACAAUUUCCCCAUCAGAGGACCAGUAUUGAUCUGCUGUGCCCCAGUAUUGAUCUGCUGUGCCCCAGUAAAAUCUCCUGUUCGAGUUUUAACAAGGUCCAUAUUGAGAGAUGCUGUGAAGCUCUGGCCUCAGUUCUCAGCUCCAAGUCCUCUAGUCUGAAAAAGCUGGACCUGAGUACCAAUGAUCUGCAGGAUUCAGGAGUGAAGCUGCUCUCUGCUGGACUGGGGAGUCCACACUGUACACUGGAAACUCUCAGCCUCAAUGGCUGUCAGCUGUCAGAGAGAUGCUGUGAAGCUCUGGCCUCAGUUCUCAGCUCCAAGUCCUCUAGUCUGAAAAAGCUGGACCUGAGUACCAAUCGGCUGAAGGAUUCAGGAGUGAAGCUGCUCUCUGCUGGACUGGGGAGUCCACACUGUAUACUGGAAACUCUCAGCCUCAAUGGCUGUCAUCUGUCAGAGAGAUGCUGUGAAGCUCUGGCCUCAGUUCUCAGCUCCAAGUCCUCUAGUCUGAAAAAGCUGGACCUGAGUACCAACAAUCUGCAGGAUUCAGGAGUGAAGCUGCUCUCUGCUGGACUGGGGAGUUCACACUGUACACUGGAAACUCUCAGCUUGUCUGGCUGCCUGGUCACACAGGAAGGCUGUGCUUCUCUGGCCUCAGCUCUGAGCUCCAACCCCUCCCAUCUGAGGCAGCUGGACCUGAGCUACAAUCACCCAGGAGACUCUGGAGCUGCGCUGCUCUCUGCUGGACUGGAGGAUCCACGCUGGAGACUGGACACUCUCAGUGUGGAGCACGGUGGAGUGUGGAGGCUGAAACCAGCUCUAAAGAAGUAUGCCUGUGACCUCACACUGGACCCCAACACGGCCCACAGCCUCCUCUCUCUGUCUGAGGACAACAGGAAGGUGACGGGGGUUGGAGGGGACCAGUCGUAUCCGGAUCACCCAGACAGAUUUGACUCCCAGCCCCAGGUGUUGGGUAGAGAGGCUCUGACUGGCCGCUGUUACUGGGAGGUAGAGUGGGAAGGAGGGGUUGUUAUAGGAGUGACAUACAGAGGAAUCACAAGGAGAGGAGAGGGUGGUGACAGCUGGCUUGGAGGGAACAACAAGUCCUGGAGUCUUUAUUGUUCUGAUGGUGGUUACUUUGCCCAGUACAACGGUACAGUGACACACCUCCCUCUCCGCCCCGCUGGCUCCACCAGAGUAGGAGUGUAUCUGGACCGGCCUGCUGGCUCUCUGUCCUUCUACAGAGUGUCCCCAGGUGGAGGAGGGUCCUCAGACACACUGACACACCUCCACACCUUCUGGUCCUCCUUCACCCAGGAGGACCUCCUCCCGGGGGUGUUGGUACGGUGGGGGGGGUCAGCCUCUCUGUGUCGGUUGUAGAAAAAAAAAAAGGGACCUCCUCGGACUGAGCAUGGCCCCUGCGCACACACACACACACACACACACACACACACACACACACACACACACACACACACACACACACACACACACACACAGCUUAGGCCUCCCCCCCCCCAGAGCCCCGGGAGGAGGUCCUGGGCUCUGGGGACGCUGACGCUACACCGAGACGCUGAGCCCGGGCUCAGCGUCUCGGUGUAAGUUAUAGACACACACAGGCUCAGCGUCCUCCUCCCGGGGCUCUGGGGGGGGAGGACGCAGCUUUGUGUGUGUGUGUGUGCGUGUGUGUUAGUCAGUGUGUGUGUGUGUGUGUGUGUGUGUGUGUGUGUGUGUGUGUGUGUGUGUGUGUGUGUGUGUGUGUGCGCAGGGCCCCGCUCAGUCCGACGAGGAGGUCCCUUUUUUUUUUUUUCUUUGGAGCGUUUCCCAAAACUCCUCUUAACAUGAACGUGCGUGCACUGCACUAACGACGUUCCUAGGAUUGUAUCUGUCCACUGACACGGUGCUGAGAUGGGCUCUGAGGUGAAGACCCAGGAACGUCGCAAGAAAAUGGGGUUAAAACGGGUUCAAAUAUCUCCCCAUCAAGGCCAACAGCAGAGUAGUCUAAUAAAUGAAUAUACUGCAAUAAUAUGAAUGCUACAAAUAUCAAAACACAAUUGAUUAGGCCUAGGCCGACAUAUGCUUUCUCAGUCCUAAUCCUGAACGCACUGUACGUAUAUUUUUUCACGGCAUAUUCCCCCCUGAAAGUCAAAAAUAGCUUGUGUGACAACUCCAUUUAUCUUAAUGUGCUGAUUUCUGAAACAUGCUUUGCACAGCAAAGAGAGCAGACUUUAUCUGCUUCCGCACAAGGUUUCAUUGAUUGACGCGCACUUUCUAGUGUAAAAUCAUUGGUGUAAACAUUAAAAACGCAGCGUUCCAUUCGUUCAUUCAUCAUCUAUCGAACGCAGAGGCUGGGCAUUGACACACGGCUAUUGCUGACCCGAUGAGGAGAGCUUGGUCUAGAUGAUGCGUAGGCCUUUUUGCACUGCCAUGCCGGUUCGGUCGCAGCUUGGCUCGCACAGUGAUUUCACUUUCACUUUCUCUUAUCCCAAGUUUCCCGAGGGGGCGCGGGUGCGGGCUUUCUUGGUUGACUGGAGAAGACGGGGCUGCGCACAGAGUCUAGACCUCUUUCGAAUAAUUUACAUACUCCCGAAUGUUUUAAUUUUUUAUGAAUUUUAUGCUGUGCUACAAUCUAUUCUGCCUUUCGAUUUGUAUUUCAGUGAGAAAUGUCUUUAUUAACAUGAUUAAAAACUAUUCUGCCUUUCGAUUUGUAUUUCAGUGAGAAAUGUCUUUAUUAACAUGAU